AUGGCUAGAAUUGCCUCUAUUUCUGAGUUCAAGAAUCAGGCCCCAAGAGUGCUUCAAAAGGUUCGUGGAGCCUUAGGAAACACCUUGGCUUCCUUCACCAACAAAACCAACAAUUGCUUACAGAUAAAUAUUAUGGCUUGGCAUGAGAAACUUGUGGCAUGGGAGCUGAGCAUUCCUGAGUUUAGCAUGAGAGAGAGAAGGCUUGGGUUUUCUAUAAGAAAUAGAGGCUCGAAGUAA